AUGACCGUCGCCCGGCCCAAUAGGUCGUGCACAGCAGUAGCGUCUCUGCUCGUCGUUACGCUCCUUCACGUCGUAGCGGCCGAGCAGGUAUUACGCAGCGGGGACGCCACCUCCGAAGAGGUCCACUCGGUACGUGGCGGCCGUCGACUCAGCGGAGCGGCCGCUGGGGACCACAACCGAACCGUACCGUUCUACUCGUGGGACAACACGGUGGACACGCUGCAAUAUGGACUCGCGUUCGUCGUCGUGCUCGUGGCCGCCCAUCCGCUCGGCCUCUUCUUCCCGAAACUCUUCAAGCUCCCGCUCAUUACCGGCUACCUCGUGAUCGGGAUCAUUGCCGGUCCGUUUGCGGCCAACCUCAUCACGGCCGAACUCGUUACACUGCUCUCGAGCUACGUGAGUGCACUCGCGCUGUCGUUCAUUUCGUUCCAAGCCGGCCAAGAGAUCUACUGGCCCGACCUGCGGCCACAGCUCAAGUCCAUUAUGAUCCUCCUUGGCGCGCUGUACGUGACGGCAAUGGUCAUCCUCACGUCCGUCAUCCUCGUGGCCGAGAGCGCCUUCUUCUACAAGGACCUCGUGCUCAACUGCCAAUUGGGCAUUGCGCUCAUGUUUGGCUCCAUCUCCGUGCUCGGGUCGCCGGCCACGGUCAUGGCCAUCAAGAUCGAGCUCAACAGCGUCGGCCCGUUCACGAGCCUCAUGCUGGGGGCCACGAUGAUCGCCGAGUUUGUCGUGCUCGUGUCGUUCUCCGUCUCCCGCAUCGUGUGCUCCAUCUACUGCGCCGAGCUCGACGUCUCCAUGCUGAAUCUCGCCUACACGAUGGGCAUUGUCAUGGCAAACGUCCUCGUUGGGGCCGUGCUGGGCGGCCUCACGAUCCUCAUCUUCAAGAUCCCGGCAGGUGAGCCGCACCACGAGAUGAGCAUUGACGACCGAAACGUGUCGCACGAACUCGCACCCGGAGGCGGACUGAUGUCCACCCACGACCGGGCAACGGGCCAAAAGAUGACGUCAACGGCGCGCGAGCACGCGCCGCUGUCGUUCAUUGAGCCCCGAGCAGUCACACCCCCUGCUCCGUUCUGGUCGCCCAACGUCGCGCUGGCCGUGAAAGGCUUCAUCUGGCUCACCAUGGGGUACCUCUUUUACAUCUCGUCGUCGCUGCUCGCGCACCUCACGGCCGCGCAGUUUGGCCUGUCGUGGGAAGUCAAGUUCGAAGCGCUGCUCGUGCUCAUGAUCGCCUCGUGCGUCGCGGGCCAUUACAAACCCGUUCGCCACGACAUGCACGUGAUCCUCGACACGGCUGCGCCGUACAUGUUCCUGCCGUUCUUUGUCAUGACGGGCGCUGCGCUGAAGCUCGACCAGGUGCUGGCCGCCGUGCCGCUCAUGAGUUUGUACGUCGUGCUGCGGUACGUCGCGAUCUUCAUUGCGUGCUACUUGGGCGGCCGCUUCCUGCUCAAGCUCACGCCCAUGCAGUACAACAACCUGUGGCUCACUAUGACGCCCCAGGCCGGUGUCGCUCUUGGGCUGGCCAGCGAAGUCCAAGCCAUGAGCGAUGAGCCCUGGGCUGCCGAGUUUGCCGCGACGAUCAUUGCAGCUGUGGUCGUGAACCAGAUCAUUGGGCCUGUGCUGUGUGCCAUGGGCUUGAGUCGAGCGGGUGAGACGCUGCGAGAUCGCUCGGCGGAGCAGCCUGUGCCUGAAGACGACUGGGAAGGUGGUGCUGGCGGUGGUCCUGGCGGCAAGGCCAACCCUGACGGCAGGUUCAGCAGUUUCUAUGCCCGCGGCCUAAGCAGCGUCCACGCUGGACGGUUCAGCAACACGAGCAUCUUUGAGCUCAAUCGCCAGGUGUCCGGCACCGGGGGCACGACGACGGGCACCCGGGAACCUCAACCAUUGCUGCCGUUCUACAAGGUGCAGAGCGCCGUUGUCAUUGGCGACGACGAAGUGGCGUUCGAAGUGGCGCUCGAGCUCUCGCUCUACGGCGCGCGGGUCAACGUGCCGCUCUUGGACCAAGAACGCACGAGCAAGUGGCAGCAGAUGAACGAAGCGAUUCUGCACCGUGCGGCCAAGGGCGACCUCAUCUCGUACAAGAACACGCUCAAGGACCGGGACAAUGCACAGGCCAUGUCUGCGGCCGACGUGAUCAUUUUCACGGGUGACACGAACCGCACACGGGACAACGUGCAGUUGUUAAAGUCAUUGCUCGGGGACGCCCACCCGCGUAUGAUUGCGUUCGUGCCGGACUGCAAGUUCAGCAAAGAGAUGAAGGCACAUGGGGUGUUGGUGAUCCAGCCGUCGAUCGCGCUGGCCAACAUCGUGACCCGCAUGGCCCUCUUGGAACCAAAGAUGGCCGAAGCGCUGUCGAACGAGAUCAGUACGACACACGACUUUAGUACGGCGUCGUACUUCUUGGGGGGCGCCGGUGGCGAUGUGACUGAUUUGCGCUUGGACGGCCGAUCGAUGGCGCUGGGCCGGAGUGUGAUAAACCACCACUCGGUGGACUACGACCGACUGGCCGAACUCUUUGCGGCGGAACACCUGCCGAUGCCUCCUCCGCCGUCUCGUGUUGCCAUGUUCGGCACGUCGGGGGCCUCGUACGACCCGUUCUCGAGCCACCGGAGCAGCCAGUCGAAGCUCUUCCUCGUCCACGACGACGCCGACACUGGCGGAAGUCACAACAUCAUCACUCCCGGACAGUUCCUGUCCCGCACGCCCGCGAUGUACUCGUUCAACUCGAUGCAGACCCCACCGCUUUCGGAGAAUCAGCUGCCUCGGCAAGGACCACCCAAUGCGAGUACUCUGAAACAAGUCAAGCAGUAG